AGAUGGCGGGAAACAUCGUUAUUUCGUAAAUCGACCAGAGAGACUCUUUUGAUGUUUAUCGUAAGACGGACAGGAUGACAACUCUGAAGGCGCUGCCAUCUGAUACUAUUCGACUCAUAGGAAGCACCCAAGUGAUAACAUCCGUUAGCAAUGCUAUUAAGGAGCUCGUGGAGAAUUCCAUCGAUGCUGGGGCCACAAAUAUCCAAGUUAAACUGGAAAAUCAUGGUCUAGAUCGCAUUGAAAUCCGAGACAACGGCUGCGGAAUUAAAAGCGAGGACUUCCCUUGUCUUGCUAAACGACAUUGCACUUCCAAAAUAUGUCGGUUCACAGAUUUGGAAGAAUUGGUCACUUACGGAUUCCGUGGAGAAGCGUUAGCAUCCCUGAGUUCUGUCAGUGAUCUGACUGUAACCAGUCGAACCAUGUCCAACAGUCUCGCUCAAACUGCUUCCUUCAGCAAGUCGGGAGAUGUCCUUAAAAUCACCCCAUGUUCAUCAAACGAAGGUAGUACAAUCAUCGCGAGUGGCCUGUUCCGGAACUUACCUGUGAGACAUCAGUUCAACAAAAACGACAAACGCUGCAAAGAGGAACUGAAGAGGGUGGAAAACCUCAUCACGGCCUUCAGCAUCAUCAACCCAGCCACCCGGUUCACGCUGCGCCACAACAAGGACAUUCUACUGGAGAAAGGGGCCGUCGAUUCUUACCGUUCCGCUCUGAUCGCUACGUGGGGAUGGUCGCUUGUUCAACAGUUUGAACAUAUCGUUAACACUGACGAAGAACACCAGAUCAGUUUAGAGAUGUUUCUCCCCCAAACCAAAUCUGAUGUGAAUGUCAUGAGCAGAACAGGCAGCGAUCAAGGACUGGUUUACAUCAACAGACGACCUGUUCGAUUCAAGGCCAUCCAAAAGGUUGUCCGUCAGUAUUACUGCAACUCAUUGGUUGGGGACAAGAACAGGUACCCCCUGUUUGUGGCCAUCUUCACCGUACCCAACAGAGAAGUUGAUGUUAAUUUGGAACCAAACAAGGCGAGGGUACUCUUGCAUAACGAGGAUAUAAUAUUGGAUAUUCUAACAACGUUGCUGGAACGAUUAUAUGGAGUUUUGGGUUCUGGAAACCAAGUUACAAAGAACGGUAGUAACCACACGUCUACCGAAACAAAACCUAAAACAGAGAACGGUGUGAUACAUUGUGCUAAGAAUAAUAAACCAAUUCCUGAGAAGACAAACCCAACUGGUAUUGAACUCAUGCCUCCAAGUACGUUACUACAACCACAGGCCAAAUCGUCCUCAGGACUCACCAACGGCAAUUUGCAUCCAAUGACAGACAGACACAAUUCCUCCCCAAAUUCCACAUUUUUGCCAAAACCUGCAGAAUCAGACACAGCGCCAACACUACCCGUCAACCAACCAGUGGUCAUCCCACACCAGCCUCCUCCUCUUCUGGCAGCAUCCUCUUCUACCGUCAACAGCUGCACGGCAUUGGAUCGCGAAGAACUCUUCAAAGAAUUUGACAAGUCAUUUGAGAUUGAGUUUACCAAUCCAGGUUCAAACCUAGGAAAAUCUUCGGUACAACAACAGCAACCGGCAGAUACAGGUCGGCCCCAGACCACCUCAGAGCCACAGUUACCACUUCCUGGACCUCUUGAUCUUGAAGAAUGGAGCCGAGGCAAAGUUGGCACCCUGAAUGGAAAUCUAUUACAGCCAGUUCGUCUGUUGUCUCCAGCUGCAGGACAGACCUCGUCCAAACCCCAGACUAUUCUACAGCUGAAACACCAAACAACAACACCAGCAUCAACACCACAACAUCCUCUUCAAGCUAAAAAGAAGCCUUUCUUGCCAAAGCCUGCUGAUCAGAUGCGAUUGUAUGAUUUAGUCGGAAGCCAACCCAUUAAACGUCCCAUCACAGCAUUCAAUAUGUUCUGUAAUGAAACUCGGGCUAAAUUGCUUCAGGAAGAUGCAGAGAUCAACAAUGAUGUACUUCGAGCGACCAUCACUGCAAAAUGGCAGCUUUUACCUGAACCAGAGAAAAGUCGUUAUGAAAAACUCUGUGAAGCAGACCUAAAGAGAUAUGAAGACCAGAUGAACGCAGCCAAGACUGUGGCCCUCAGUAAAUUGAAGCAAGAGAAACUUAAAAUACCAAUUUCAAAGAAACCAGUUCAGUCUGUGAAUGCUGACGAUGCCAGAAGAUUCCCAGUCAAACAUCAUAAUAUUCCUUUCAGUUUAAAAACACUCAAAAGGAAAAUGUUGAAUAUCUGCAAUGAAAGCCAGUCCAAGUCCAGUGACGAUUAUGUUCCAGUUGGCGUCCUGUCCCAAAGUGACAACUGGAUUUGUCAACAAGGCACACACAUUUUCCUACUCAACCCGCACCGUAUUAACGAGGUCAUUAUCUACAGACGCCUCUUAGAAUCCUUCCACUUCCAAACUGAAUCUCUGGAGACCCCAAUUGAUAUUAACGAAUGUUUGUUGGGUGAUGUCAACCUUUGGAGGACAUUGCUGGCUUUGGAAACUGAACAGGAGAACAAAAUGUUUCCAGGUAAUCGAAAAAUCACGGAUCACCGAAUAAUUGCCAAUGGAUUCCAUAUUGUCAUCUUCACAGAACAGGGUUCGUCUCCUGAAGUGAAACAAGUGCAGUUGAGGGCUGUUGCGGAUUCCAUUCCUACUUAUGGCAUUGGAGAUUUGUGUGAAGUCUUGGAGAACAUAGCAUCUUUGCCAGAAUCUUCAUCCCUCUCGCAGAGUCGUCCAUUGAAAAUUCUAAAUUAUCUCAAGGGAGAAGCUGUCCGCAUGGCUCGCAAAAGUCCCUUAUUUUCCUGUCGUGAAGAAAUCACUGAACUUUUAGAGUCAAGCAAAAGACUGGAGACAUCUGAAUGUCUCCACAGCCGACCGUUCUUUCAGAAGCUUUACGAUAUCAGUUCCUUACCGUUUUCUCAAACAACCUUUGGAGGAGAAAGCCAAUUAUUCCCAAAGUAAUUUUGUUACAGUAAAUUUUAAAAUAACCGGAAUAAACUGGUUGGUUUUUUUUUUCUA